GGAAAGGCGUGUGCAAAUGUCUUGAGGGUGGCCAAGUACUGAGAGUUUGGUGGACAUAAAGGUGCUCAUGGGGCUGCAGGAAGGCCGGCGUCGGAUGAGGGGGAAGAAGACAGCAAGAGCACAGAUGGGAGGAGGAGGGUUGUUCAGCGAUAGUUAUGACCUCCCGGUUACGUGCGUUGGGUGGAAGAAUUAAUAAUAUACGCACCUCGGAAUUACCCAAGGAGAAAACUCGGUCCGAAGUCGUCUGCAGCGUCCGCUUUCUCGAUGGCUUGGUACAGACCUUCAAAGCUAACAAACAAGAUACCGGUCAAGUUCUUCUGGAUAUGGUGUACAACCACCUGGGUGUGACUGAAAAGGAGUAUUUUGGUUUGCAGCAUGGCGAUGACUCCGUAGACUCUCUUAGAUGGCUGGAAUCAAGCAAACCCAUCAGGAAGCAGUUAAAAGGAGGUUUCCCCUGUACUCUGCAUUUUCGAGUAAGAUUUUUUAUACCUGAUCCCAACACACUACAGGAAGAACAAACCAGGCAUUUGUAUUUCUUACAACUGAAGAUGGAUAUUUGUGAAGGAAGGUUAACUUGCCCUCUUAACUCGGCAGUGGUUCUAGCAUCCUAUGCGGUACAAUCUCACUUUGGAGACUAUAAUUCUUCCAUCCAUCAUCCGGGCUAUCUUUCCGACAGUCAGUUUAUCCCAGAUCAGAACGAUGACUUUUUAACGAAGGUGGAAUCCCUCCAUGAGCAGCACAGUGGGCUAAAGCAAUCAGAGGCUGAAUCUUGCUUUAUCAACAUAGCACGGACCCUCGACUUCUAUGGUGUGGAGCUGCACAGUGGUAGGGAUCUGCACAAUUUAGAGCUAACGAUUGGGAUUGCUUCUGCGGGCAUCGCCGUGUACCGAAAAUACAUUUGCACAAGUUUCUAUCCUUGGGUGAACAUUCUAAAAAUUUCUUUCAAAAGGAAAAAGUUCUUCAUACAUCAGCGACAGAAACAGACUGAAUCCAGGGAACAUAUCGUGGCCUUCAACAUGUUAAAUUACCGAUCUUGCAAAAACUUGUGGAAAUCCUGUGUCGAGCAUCAUACGUUCUUUCAGGCAAAGAAGCUACUACCUCAGGAAAAGAAUGUUCUGGCUCAGUACUGGACUAUGGGCUCUAGGAACCCCAAAAAGUCUGUAAAUAACCAGUAUUGCAAAAAGGUGAUUGGAGGGAUGGUGUGGAACCCAGCCAUGCGGAGAUCAUUAUCAGUGGAGCACUUAGAAACCAAGAGCCUGCCUUCUCGCUCCCCUCCCAUCACUCCCAACUGGCGAAGUCCUAGGCUCCGGCACGAAAUCCGAAAGCCUCGGCACUCUUCUGCAGAUAACCUUGCGAACGAGAUGACCUACAUUACGGAAACCGAAGAUGUGUUUUACACGUACAAGGGCUCCCUGUCCCCCAAAGACAGCGAAUCGGAGGUUUCUCAGAACCGAAGCCCGCGCCGAGAGAGUAUAUCCGAGAACAAUCCAGCACAAAGCUGCCUGACCCAGAAGUCAUCCAGUUCUGUGUCUUCAUCUUCAAAUGCUCCAGGCUCCUGCUCACCAGAUGGCGUCGAUCAGCAGUUCUUAGAGGAUUUCCACAGGGUGACCAAAGGGGGCUCCGCCGAGGACUGCAGCCAGUACUACUGUGACAAGAAUGAUCACGGUGAUGGCUACUUAGUUUUGAUCCGCAUCACACCAGAUGAAGAUGGAAAAUUUGGAUUUAAUCUGAAGGGAGGAGUGGACCAAAAGAUGCCUCUUGUGGUAUCGAGGAUAAACCCGGAGUCACCUGCGGACACCUGCAUUCCUAAGCUGAACGAAGGGGAUCAAAUCGUGUUAAUCAAUGGCCGGGACAUCUCGGAACACACCCAUGACCAAGUGGUGAUGUUCAUCAAAGCCAGCCGGGAGUCCCACACGCGGGAGCUGGCCCUGGUGAUCAGGAGGAAAGCAGUGCACUCGUUCACAGACAUCAAAUCCGAAGAUGAACUAAACCAGCUUUUCCCUGAGGCCAUUUUCCCCAUUUGUCCAGAGGGUGGGGACACCUUGGAGGGAUCCAUGGAACAGCUAAAGAAGGGCCUUGAAAGCGGGACAGUGCUGAUCCAGUUUGAGCAACUCUACAGAAAGAAGCCGGGUCUCGCCAUCACCUUUGCAAAGCUGCCUCAAAAUUUGGACAAAAACCGAUACAAAGAUGUGCUGCCUUACGACACCACCCGGGUCUUAUUGCAGGGAAAUGAAGAUUAUAUUAAUGCGAGUUAUGUGAACAUGGAAAUUCCUGCUGCUAACCUUGUGAACAAGUACAUUGCUGCUCAGGGUCCCCUGCCACACACCUGUGCACAAUUUUGGCAAGUCGUCUGGGAUCAGAAGUUAUCACUCAUUGUCAUGUUGACGACUCUCACCGAGCGAGGGCGGACCAAGUGUCACCAGUACUGGCCUGAUCCUCCCGAUGUCAUGGAACACGGCAACUUUCACAUCCGAUGUCAGUCAGAGGACUGCACCAUUGCUUACGUGUUCCGGGAAAUGCUGGUCACCAACACUGAGACCGGGGAGGAGCACACUGUGACGCACCUCCAGUAUGUCGCGUGGCCCGACCACGGCGUUCCCGAUGACUCCUCAGACUUUCUGGAGUUCGUCAACUCUGUGCGGUCCCUGCGCGUGGACGGCGAACCUGUGUUAGUUCACUGCAGUGCUGGAAUAGGGCGCACAGGUGUGCUGGUCACCAUGGAAACAGCCAUGUGCCUCAUUGAGAGAAACCUGCCUGUUUACCCACUGGAUAUUGUCCGGAAAAUGCGAGACCAGCGUGCCAUGAUGGUGCAGACAUCAAGCCAGUACAAGUUCGUAUGUGAAGCGAUCCUUCGUGUUUAUGAAGAGGGCUUAGUCCAAAUGCUGGAUCCCAGUUAAGACAACUGUGAAGCGUUCAUUCCUCCUUCCCAAGGGCGUCCUCCGUCAGAACAGACCUUCUCUCUGGAAGCAGCAAGAGGAAAUCUGUAGGCCGUGGGGAAGGAAUGAGCACAUUUGAACCCAGGCACUUUAAAGUUCUCUAGAAGAGGUAUCAUGUACAGAGGAACCGUGUAGAUAACGCAUGCAGUUAUAGCAACUCUUAGGCCCAUUCGUCCUCGAAAUAAGCAAAAGGGGAUCUCGGUUUGGGGCCUGUCCUAUUGCCUUCCUCCCUAGACCUCACCAUGUUCCUGUAAACCAUCCUUGGGCAGUUGGGAGGGGAGGCCAGCCAUGGUGUUGACCUCCCAGAAACAAGAGGGUGUGGCUACUUGGAGUUGCUAGGGCGUUUGUGUGUAUGUGUUUAUAGGACUCUAAGGGCUGAGCUUUCUGUGCUUCGAGGCAGAGCUGGAACCGUUGGCAUUCACCCGCCGCUGCUAGGGGAACCCUGAUGAGUGGACUCAGAGGCAGGCUG